CAAGAUUCUUGUUCAUGCACAUGAUCAGAUCAGAGGGAGCUUUGGACAAUGAUUUAUGGUUUGGUCGACAUCAGAUCAGAUUGGACUCGGGAGCUUCUAUGAUCAGUCUUGCAGUUACCCAAGUCGGUUGCUGCUGCGCCUCCAUCCAUUUGUUAUCUCCUGGUCAAUGAGAGGCAACCGCCUUGGUCGUCAAGAAACCUCAGCGGCUGACCAAAUUCGACCGCCACCGCAACAACCUUCUCACUCCGAGAAGCAGGCUGCUACCAGAUGAUUGAGUGGAACUGCCAAGAAACGUCGCUUCGGUGCCCGGUAGCGGCCUUUAUAACCAGAUCAUGGUAUCCAGAGCUGCAACACACACUCCCAUGGAGAAGGAGCAGCAGCAGGAGGUGGCCAUCGUGGGCGCGGGGAUCGCAGGGCUCGCGACGGCGGUAGGGCUGAAGAGGGUGGGGCUGCCGAGCCUCGUGCUGGAGAAGUCCCCCGAGCUCCGCGCCGCCGGAGCUGCGUUAACGCUGUUCCCCAACGCCUGGCGCGCCCUCGAAGCCCUCGGCGUUGCCCACAAGCUCACCCCCUUGUACCAAGCCAUCGAAAGAUCGCGCGUCACAGACCUCUCAAGUGGAACUACAAGAGAGGUGCCCUUUAGCCGGACGAACAGGGGUGACACAGGAAUUAGAUCAGUGCACAGAAAAGCACUGUUAGAGGCGCUUGCCGAGGAACUGGAACCGGGCACCAUAAGGUUCUCCUCGAAGAUAACCUCCAUUGAUCAAGAAGGAUCAUCUCCACUCACAGCCCUGCAUUUAGAUGACGGGUCUGUCAUCAAAGCCAAGGUAGUGAUAGGCUGCGACGGUGUUCACUCGGUGGUGGCGCGGUGGCUGGGGCUGGCGGAGGCUAUUGAUUCAGGCCGGUCGGCCAUCCGAGGCCUCGCCGUGUUCCCUGAAGGGCAUGAGCUCAUCAAUAACGAGGCCCUGCAGUACCUUGGCGAUGGCAAGAGGGCUGGGUUGGUUCCUCUCAACAGCAAAGAGCUCUACUUCUUCAUCACCCAUACUUCCACCGCUGCAGAGAAAGAGAUGGCCGCAGAGGCCGAGCUGACCCUGAUUGAGGUAACAGAGAACCUAGCCAAGGACUUCCCUCCGGAGGUCCAGACGGCAGUGCGCCACUUGGACCCGGCCACCGUCAGCUGGGCUCCACUGCUGUUCCGGGCCCCGUGGAACAUCGUCCUGGGGCGGAUCCACAGGGGGUGCGUGGCGGUCUCGGGCGACGCCAUGCACCCGAUGACCCCCGAGAUCGGCCAGGGUGGUUGCGCCGCGCUCGAGGACGCCGUGGUCCUCGCCCGCAGCCUUGCCCGGGCUCGGUCUUCGGCCCAGCUCGCGGCGGGCGUCGAGGGCUACACGAGGGAGCGGCGGUGGCGCUCGGCGGGCGUGGUCGCCGCUGCCUACCUGUCCGGGUGGGUGCAGCAGGGAGGAAACGCCGGGGUGUGGCGAUGGGCGGCGAAGUGGUUCCGGCGCAGGAUCUAUUACAGGUUCAUUCAUCCGAGGAUCGUGGAGGCCAUCCGGGGAUACGAUUGCGGGGAUCUGCCGCCGGCGGAGUAGCCAAGCAUCUUGGGUUGAGCUGUUGCUCCUGAAGGCCCCUACAAGCAUUGAUAUUGUAACCGAGCGUGGAAUUUAGGACAUUUCUGUUGUACGCGAGCAUGGAAUUUAUCAGUAUCUUAUAUUACGAUUAUUGACAUGAUAAAUAUAUUUAUUGUGAUUUUGACAA